AUGGAAGGAAAAAAAGAAAAAAAAGAAAAAAAAACCAAAAAUGAAAAAGGAUCUAAAAUAUAUUUAAAAGAGGACAAACAUGUUUUUUCAAAUAAAAGUGAAACAGAUAAUCAGAAUAUUAUGCAUUAUGAUGAUUUAAAAUCAGGAAAUAUAUUUCAAAUAAAUAAUAUAAAUAAGAAAAAUUAUAACAAUAAUAUAAUAUCAAAAAAUGAAUCUAUAGAGGAAUAUUUAAAUAAUUACAUUUAUAAAAAUGGAAUGGAAAAAUAUGAUAACGAAAAUAUAAAAGUAGAAAAUUUACAUGAUAAAUCAAAUAUUGUUCAGAAAGAAAAAAGACAAAGAAAAAAAUCUUCAAUUAUUGAAAAAAUUAAACAACAAGAAUUGAAAGCAAAACAAAGAAGUUGGACACCUUUAUGUUUGAUUAUAACUUAUUUAUCUAUAUCAAUUAUUUUUAUAAUAAUAGGAUUGACAUUUAUUAUUUUAGCAUCUAAUAGAAAAGAAUGUAAGAUUCCAUAUGACCAUAUAACAGAUGAUUCGAUAGUUAUAGAAGUGAACGAAUCACAUUGUAAAGGUCCUAAAAGGCCAUUUAAAAUAAAUUCUUAUAUUUAUUAUGAAUUACAUAAUUUUUACCAGAAUCACAAAAAAUAUUUAGUAUCCAAAUCACACAACCAGCUAAUGGGAGUUGUAUACACGAACCCAAACGACGUUUCGCAAUGUUUUCCAAUUAUAAAAAAUAAAGAAGGAAAAAUUCUACAUCCUUGUGGAUUAGUAGCAAGAAGCAUAUUUAAUGACACAUUUAAUUUAUAUAAAGAUGUUGAUUUAAAAGAUAAAAUAAAAAUAGAUGAAUCAAAAGAAGCUAUUAUAUGGAAUAGCGAUUAUAAUAAAUUUAAAAAUCCAUCAAAAAAAGAAAUGGAAAUAUAUAAAGAAAUUGUAUAUUUUUGGUUAACAGAUAAACGAUAUGUUGAUACUUUUAAUAUGAAUGAUGAAAAUGGAUAUGGAAUAGAAAAUUCUCAUUUUAUAGUAUGGAUGAAAACAGCUGCACUUUCAAAUUUUAGAAAAAAAUAUGCAAAAUUAAAUAUUGAAUUAAGUUUGCCAAUAUAUGUUAAUAUUAAAAAUAAUUUUCCUGUUUCAAAAUUUAAUGGAAAAAAGUUUUUUGUGAUAGCAGAAGUUUCUGUAUUUGUCAAUGAGAAAUCUAAUUCUAUUGGAAUUUUAUAUUUAAUAAUUGGAAUUUUUUCUUUUUUUAUCACAUUGUGUCUUAUUUACAACCAAAUUACGCAGCCUCGGAUCAUGGGCCACAUAUAG